CUGCAGACGUGAGAGACAAGACAUGCCAAGCUGACCACAAGCAUUGCUUAGGCUUCAAUCUGAAGACCGCAGCACUGCACAAACACACACUGGGUGUGAGUUUCUCACACAAGCAGUAGUACUGGCAUUAUGAGUGGAGAAAGCUUGGGGAUGUGUGUACUGGUCACGCUGUUGAGUCUCAUGGUACUGGAAUCAGUUCACGGUCAGCAUAUUGCAGAGGAGCCUUGCUCAGUCCAAAUCCUUGUUCCGGGACUUAAAGGGGAAAUCGGGGAGAAGGGGGAGAAAGGGGCGCCUGGGAGACCUGGCAGAGUGGGGCCACCUGGAGAGUCGGGACCUCCUGGACUUAAAGGACAAAAAGGUAUCAUGGGACGUUAUGGAAAAAUGGGUCCCCCCGGAUUAAAAGGUUUAAAAGGUGAUAUGGGAGAGCCAGGUCCCAAAGGUGAAAAUGGAGAGCCAGGGCUCCCCUGUGAGUGUGGACCCUUGCGAAAGAUGAUUGGUGAAAUGGAUAAUCAAGUGGCGCAGUUAACCAGUGAACUGAAGUUCAUUAAAAAAGCACUGCCCUCCCCUGCAGCUGUCGCUGGCAUUAAAGAGACGGACAGUAAGGUGUACCUGCUGGUGAAGGAGGAGAAGCGUUACAGAGAUGCCGAGCUCUACUGCCAGGGCAGGGGUGGGCACUUGGCUAUGCCCAAAGAUGCCAGUGCAAACAGAGCCAUUGCUGGCUACAUAACAGAAGCUGGUCUAAGCAGAGUGUACAUCGGCAUUAACGACCUGGAGCGUGAGGGACAUUUUGUGUAUGUGGAGCGCUCACCUAUGAGCACCUUUACUAAGUGGCGGGAAGGAGAGCCCAAUAAUGCUUAUGAAGAUGAGGAUUGUGUGGAGCUUGUUUCCUCUGGGGAGUGGGUCGAUGUGGCCUGCUCUCUAACCAUGUACUUUGUGUGUGAGUUUGACAAAGACCAGAUUUGAGCAACCCCACCCUGGUAAGGGAGAUUAUAGUAAUGGGUUUUGCAGCCUUGUAGCCAAGAGAGUGAAUACUGAGAUGCCAAUAGAUACUCUGAUCUGAUUCUGAUGUGUGUGAGAAAACCUUAAUAUCAUUAUAUUGUUGUUUCUUUUCUAGACUGAUAGUGUACUAAACUGUUAUAUAAAUAUUAAAUAUUCAAACUUUUUCUGCAACAUGUUUUGAAGAGGAUGGUGUCUGUGAUUCUUAUGGAAUUAAAUCUGUAAAGAAUGUAUUUCUAAUAUUUUUCAUUUGCUAUGGACUUUAUAGAUUGCCCUUUAUCAUGUAUUACUUUGUAUUUGUAUAUAUUAAGUCAUAAAUAAAAAUAUAUAUCAUUUAUUACAA